AAACUGACGAGGGAGAUAUAAAUAUACAACAGAUUAAUUGAACUUUUAUUUUUAAAUAGAAAAAUCCCUUAGCUGAGCUCUCUCCAGUUUAUCAUUUUGUGUUUUUGGUUAUUGUUCGGAUUUGAAUGUUAAUUGUAAUGUAGUUAAAAGGUGAAGAGAUUUACCGGCGGUUGAUUUGUGUUUUUAUAUGUAUAGAUUUUAUGUUUGUGUGAUUUAUUUAGAGAUUUGAUGGAACAAAGUCAGAGUGAAGCGAUUUCCGAUUUUGCGCCAAAGAAAUUGGCGCGACAGUUAGAUUUUACGGCGGUUUGUAGAGCGUCAGUGAAUGUAGCUUUGUCGGAGCACUCCUCAAGAUUGCAGCAGCAGCAGCCUCCACCACUACCGCCUCCGCCACCACCGCCGAUGUCACAGCCACAGUUACAUUUGAAGUUACAACAGCAGCCGCAGCCUGUACUGCAAUUAAAGCUAGAAACGCCGCCAAAGCAGCAGCCCCAGGCAACGCAAGCACGGCCGCAGCAUGUGAUGGUGCCGCCGGCGAUGCGACGGAUACCUCAUCCGGUACAAAAACUUUCUUUGCAUACACUGCAGCUGAUCAAACAACAGUCUCCUAGUUCGAGACCAAGAAAUAAUAUUGAAGCAAAAGAUAAUAGUGGUACUCCUAAGAAAGCAAAGCAUUGUAAUUGCAAGAAUUCUCGGUGCUUGAAGUUGUAUUGUGAGUGCUUUGCCGCUGGAGUUCAUUGUACUGGUUGCAACUGCACAAAUUGUCAUAACAAUGUUGAAAAUGAGGCUUCCAGGCAAGAGGCUGUUGGGGCAGUCUUAGAGCGCAAUCCAGAAGCUUUUAAACCUAAGAUUGCUAGCAGCCCACAUGGAUCUAGGGAUGCUAAGGAAGAUGCAAUGGAAGUUCAGUUAGUUGGCAAACACAAUAAAGGAUGUCACUGCAAGAAAUCAGGGUGCCUUAAGAAGUAUUGCGAGUGCUUCCAAGCCAAUAUCUUGUGUUCUGAAAACUGCAAGUGCAUGGACUGUAAGAAUUUUGAAGGGAGUGAAGAAAGGAGAGCUUUAUUUCAUGAUAAUCAUAAUGGCAUAGUUUACAUGCAACAAGCAGCAAAUGCAGCCAUUUGUGGGGCUAUUGGGUCAUCCGGCUAUGGGACCCCUUUGACAUCCAAUAAAAGAAAAAGUGAGGAACUGUUUGGCAGUACAAACAGAGAUCAAUUGGGCCGUCGUGUUGCAAAAACCCAACAGGAAAAUCAUCAAAGGAAUCCUGCAGCUUCUGCUUCUCCCUUGUCUGUCCCUGUUCCUCAUAAUGCAACUGCUUUAGGAUCUUCAAAAUUCACAUACAAAUCUCCAUUGGCAGGUAUACUUCAACCUCAAGACGUGAAAAAAAUGUGCUCACUCCUGGUUGUACUUUCGCAAGAAGCUAGAAAGGCAUAUGCAGGAAAAAUGGAUAUGCAACCUGGGGGAGAUGAUAAUCGCAAACUUGAAUCUUCUUCUUCGUCAUCCAUACGCGAAAGGGAAGAUGGUCUUAUGGGUAACAAUGUCCAUAAAACUGUACCCAAUGAUCAUGUAAAUGGGAACACAGCAGAAAAGGAUAGUAGUGAUUCUGGAAAGGAUGGAGGUGGUCUGGAAAAUGGAAGACCGCUGUCACCAGAAAUUGAUUUAAUGUGCCAUGAGCAAGAGAUGGUUUUUAGGGAAGGUGAGUCAGCAACUGGGAUGGCAGGGCUUAGUCAAAACGAAAUUCAAAAAUCAUCUAGUGCACAGGAGUGCUCAGAGGCUUAUGCAGAACAAGAGAAGCUCAUUUUGACUGGGUUCCGGGAUUUCCUUAACAGGCUUAUCACUUGUGGGAGCAUAAAAGAAACCACGUGUUCUCCAUUAGCGAGGAGUAAAACAGGAAGCCAUCAAGAACCUGCAGAUGGAGAGAUGAUUAAAGCUGGAAUUGAGACGCUAAAUGACAAGAAUGCUUACGCUAGUGGCAUUGUGAAAUCUCCUGUUCUAGCAACUUCUGCUUCAAAUGUUGAUCUACCAAUAAAGGCUUUAUUACCCAUUGGAAAUGGAGAGGUUAAUCCAGAGAAUAAGAUCUAAAUUAUGGAGAAAAUAGUUCAAAAUAAACUGAUGUGCCAACGCAACAUAGUCAAGAUUUUCUGCAGAUCUCGAUUCAGUCAGAAGUCUGAUCAUUCGGAAUGUUCCGCUUGCGGAAUUACUCGCUACAGAAAUGAUAUUUCAAGAUUGUUUCAUGCUAGCUGAGCAUGUAUACGGUGUAGUCAUAUUUUAUUAAGACUGUAAAUGCCUGUAAAUGUCUAAGCAGUUUUGUUUAAGUAGAUGGAACAUUUUACAUAUCCCACUUUGGCUAAUUGAAACAUAGCUCAAUCAUCUUCUUUAACCUAAAGUUUGAUCAAUUAAUAAACAGAUAUCUGACGGAAAAGACGUUCUUGUUAA